GCACUUUGCACCAUAGGCAGAUAGCAAAGAGAGAGUGCGAGAGGAGGAAGGCAGGAAUACAGAGACGCAGAGUAGGAGGGGGGGACGGGGGAGGCAGAGAGGGAAAGAGAGGGAGGGAAGCAGGGAGGAAGGAACAGAAAGUUUAUGUACAUAAACCUUUUUUUUUUUUUUUUUUUUUAAGUAUUGUUGCACCUAGUAGCUAGCUUUACUGACACAGAAAUGAGAGGACUGUUCAGUGCUUAAAUAUCCGAGAAACAAUGGGAUAGUGCAGGAAAGUUAACAAUUAACAGUCUCAGCUUAAAUUUUGUAACUGCAGGGAACUGGAAACACAGCUGCCUCUCUCUUCAGCAAAAUCGGGUCUCCUGGUUAAGAGAAGAAUUUUUGUUAACAUCUAAAUUUCUGAAAAAUAAGCAGCUUGCAGUUGAAUGAGUAUCGUGCAGUUAUGGUUUUAACCAGCCUGCUCAUACUUAACUAUCUCUGUUUAUUUUAAAUAGAGCAGCCGUGAAAGGGGUAAUGAGGCUUUUGAAAUGCCUUUUGCUUUACUCUUUUAAAUGAGGGUACAGAGCAAUAAAGAGAGUUGAAGGUAUCCGGCUGAAGAGAAGCAGCAAGGAAGAUGGGUCUGCUAAGUGUGGAUUUGUUGAUCACGCUUCAGAUCUUGCCGGUCUUUUUCUCCAAUUGCCUCUUUCUCGCGCUCUAUGACUCUGUGAUUCUCCUGAAGCACAUGGUUCUGUUUCUGAGCCGCUCUAAGUCUGGGCGCGGUGAGUGGCGGAGGAUGCUGACCUCGGAGGGGCUGCGCUGCGUUUGGAACAGCUUCCUCCUGGACGCCUACAAGCAGGUCAAACUGGGAGGAGAAGCCCCAAACUCCAGUGUAAUCCACAUAGCCAAAGACAGUGAUGGCAGCAGUGGCAACUGGAAGAAUGUUGGUGGCAAGUGUGGAACCAAAUGCCACCUUCUGGACUUUGCCAACUCGGAGCGGCCGCUGGUCGUCAACUUUGGCUCGGCUACCUGACCACCGUUCACAAGCCAGCUGUCAGCCUUCAGCAAGCUGGUGGAGGAGUUCUCUGGUGUGGCUGACUUUCUGUUGGUCUACAUCGAUGAAGCUCACCCAUCAGAUGGCUGGGCUGCACCUGGAAUCUCUCCCUCUUCUUUUGAAGUUAAGAAACACAGAAGCCAGGAAGAGAGAUGUGCAGCUGCUCACCAGCUCCUAGAGCACUUUUCUUUGCCACCUCAGUGCCAAGUGGUGGCUGACUGCAUGGACAACAAUGCCAAUGUGGCCUAUGGGGUUUCAUUUGAGCGAGUAUGCAUUGUGCAGAGACAAAAAAUUGCCUACCUGGGGGGUAAAGGCCCCUUCUUCUACAACCUUCAAGAGGUCCGGCUUUGGCUGGAACAAAACUUCAGCAAAAGAUGAAAUCCAUUCUCCACAGGAGUUAUAUCAACAGAUGUGUCCCUUUAAGGUGAUGCAAAAGGGAAAAAAAAAGAAAAAACAUAUGCUAGUUUGAAUAAAAUCUUUCAGAUGAUUGCAGGAGAACACAUUUGAUAACAAUGUUGAGUGAAUGUUAACUAGGAAAAGAAAAUUUAAAAAAUCUAGCUCCACAGAAACAUUGUCAAGUAAAAAAAAAAAUUUCCACUCCUGCUCUUGCUAUGGGACAAAAGAGAUGAACAGGCUUCUCCAAAAAGAUGCUGCUGGCAAGCAGGUAGGGUGGUUAGAUAAGACCUGUUUCCCAGAAGCCCCAGUCCUAGGGUGAGGCAGAGAAAGCAUUUCUGCUAGGAAGGCAUUCCAUGGAAAGGCAGUGCUUUACAUUUAAUCAGAAAUGCUUCUUUACAUUGGCCCCUGUGACCAAUGCAAGGAACCUGGGAGGAGCAGGGGUUUGCGAUUACUUUGCAUACAAAUGCAGUGCAGUGUGGCGAGUUUCCUCUCUUGGUAGAAAAUUUAUUGUUCAGAGACUUCAGGACCCACAUGCAAUGCAUGGCACAGGCAGACUGGCUGCUCAGAGCAAGAUGAACCUUUGUCUGCUGGUAUUUGUACUCUCUGUGGACACCUCUGCACAGCAUAUUAACUACGUAAUGCUACCUUACAUGUUUGUAUUCAGUGUGCAGGCCUGUGCCUGCUGAGAAAGGGGUUAAAAUCUAUGGAGUUGGACCAAAAAGUGAUCAAAUAAGCCCAUUACUCUUUGAAAUACCUGGACUAAUUGUGACACAGCAUUGAGAACCAUCUAGAGCAUGCAUCAUGAGACAAAACUCAGCUGAUGCCAACCAAACCCUUUGUUCUGAGAGCUGACAGCACAUAUUUAUCAAUGUUCUCUGGUUCUUGUCUGUUUCUUUACCCACCUCCAUCUCUUUUUGUCUAGCAAUAGCCUUAUGGUAAUUUCACUUUUAGCUUUUUUUUAAAAAAAAAUAACUUAUUUCUCUCUCUCUUUUUUUUUUUUUUAAUGUGAGAUAAUGACCUUCCAGGUGUAUUUUGGGGGACAGGGGAGCUUAUGCACAAUUUUACCUCAUUGAAAUGGAAACCUAUCCUGUCAUUUACCUUGUUAAAUGUAGUCAUGCUGACUUUUACUGUCCUAGAUACCUGAACCUAGUUUAUAGCUAUGUUAAUCUGAAAGUUAAGUUAUUUGCAGCCUCAGAAUUGACUAGCUGCAGUUCUGCUACUGGAUGAGCUGAUAGUCUGUUUCGCUCAUGUUCUUGAAAACCUUCCCAGAAGAGAAGCAAGGGGGACAAACAAUUUGAAUUAAUGUAAGUGUAAAAGAUGGCAGAAUUUUCAUAUGAAUGAAGUAUGAGGAAUUAAUUGUAAUGUUGAAAGAGACACUGUGAACUUAGAGUAUGCAUUAAGUUUAGGUAUUUCUAAAACUGAAAUUAUUUAAUCAAGCCUGAUGAAGAGGCAGAUUUACAAUGAGCUAACCUAUUAGAGCUGACAAAUGAAAACCCAUAUGGAGAUGGACUAUGCAAGUUUUCUCUCAUCUUUGGCAGAAACAUGAAACAGAUAAAAUAAGUGUCAAAAAUCAAAUUAGUUCUUUUAAUUUCUAAUCCUGACCAUCGUCAGGAAUAUGAUGUGUUGAUACUGACAUAGGAAAGGAUAGAAAAUAUGUAAGUGUUUUAAUUUUCACAAUGUCCAUUCAUAUUGUGUAUUUCCUCUAGCUUGGCUGUCAGUCUACUUAGCCAAUGUAGGAGGAAUUCAGAAAUGUGUUUUCAAGCACAGAUCUGAAAUAAUGACAGUAACAUGGGUAAUUUCUCCCGUACUCAGGUUCAUGCUUCCCAUUCUUCUCACAUUUUCCUCCACACAGUGUUAAACAUAGACAGACUGCACUUACACAGCUGGUGAUAUGCAUUGGAGAAGGGUGUAAAGAGUGCUCCUCAGGUCUCCUGGUGAGCCUCGCUUCUCAGAAGGCCUGUGUCUCUGUAUGUGUGCAUUUAUAUAUGCAUCCAUAUGUAUAUAAUACAUUUUUAUGUACAUGUAUACAUAUGCACGCACAUAUAAAUGGCCUCUAAGACCACAAAUAAUAAUUACCCUGUCCUACCAUUCAUUAAUGUUACUGUAAAGCAUUGGUCUGUGUGGAAGAUUGUUACAGAUCCUCAUGACUAACUGGGAUAUAUAACUGAAUUUUUAAAAGUUAUUAUCAUAGAAACAGUAACAUAGCCAAACUACAUGGUUUAUUUAAUCCAGUGUCCUACCUCUGACUGUAUCAGAUGCUUCAGGGGAAGGUGCAAUAAUUUUUAACUUACAGAAUUUUUAUUAGCUUCAGCCCAUAUUAUUUUUGCCUCAUCUAAACUGAUUGUUGAUGUCUCAUUAUCCCUGAUUCUGGGUUUUGAGAUUUAAAUAUUUUGUGAGGUGGGGAUUACUAAAAUAAAAAAAAAAUCCCAUUUAAGUUCAAAGAAAACCAAAUGAAAACAUUUUUUUCUUUAAUAUUUAAAUAGGCUGCUUGUCAAUGUCAUUCUCAUCUUGCUGUUAUAUGCUAAACCACUGAACAUAAGUGAUCCCAAUUUUUCUUCUCUAUGUUGGUCAUUAUAUAAUCUAUAUAGAAAUUUGCAUAUCUUUUGUUUAAGACAAACAAUAACUCAUAUUCUUCUACAGAUUCAUACUCUUUCCUUGUCUCUGAAUCUCUUCUGUUUUUGCAACGCUGUUCUUUUACGCAGGUGAGUAAACACGUAGACAUUAAUCCAAGUGAAAAUCUGUAUUGAUAUACCCAGCACAACAUCUUUUCCUUAUUAUAUCGUAUUCUUCACUCAUCUGAAACUUUUUUAAUCCAUAGCAACUCCACAGCCUUUGUAAAACUUAAACUAGUAAGUCUUUUCUUCUUUUCCUCAUUAUACCAUUGAAGUUUAUAUGGGAAAUGCUAGCCAAAUGUUUAACACAGCUGUUGAAACAUACCUUUAGUUCAGAGGAAGGAGUAGGAAUUAGUAAUUCAGUUUGUUAAUACCCAUUUACAUAUCUAAAGUUACAAUUAUUUUUCAAGUCCAUUCUCUCCUUUUGAAUUUUCAUUAUUUUGUUUUGUAAUUCAUGGAAGCUUCUUCAUCACAUAGUACACAGGAAUUAUAAAAGUGGCUCCUGUAAAUGGGGAAAAACACAUUGAUAUUCCACAAAUAAAAAUACCCAAUAACGUCAUUUCUUUCUUGGCAACAUGGAUGACUGUCCUACCUAAAAUUUAAAGAUAUUCCAGCCUCACUGAUUAUCAAGACAGAAAUACAUUUUGCAAAACCUUGGGUUUCCCCAGAAAACUUCUGGUCAGAAAUCAGGGCUUUCUUCAAAGUAAAAUGGGCAUAAAGGGAAAAAAAAAAAAGGAAAAGAAUUUCCUAGGAGGCUGACAGAAACAUAAUGUGUUUUAUUUUCUUUUUAAUUUUUUAAAUUUUUU